AUGAGGAAAGAGAAGCCUAGCGAGCGUUUGCCAUCCGCUGGAGUACCGAUUGCGCUCUCUUACUCUCUGAUGGCAGCCGCUAAAGAGAUUCGGCGCCCAAUCGCUGCUACGAUCCGCCUCACCGUCCCCGCCGGCGCCGCCCGACCGGCUCCUCCCGUUGGUCCCGCUCUCGGCCAGUACCGGCUUAAUCUCAUGGCCUUCUGCAAGGACUUCAAUGCCCGGACGCAGAAGUACAAGCCGGAUACCCCCAUGGCAGUCACCAUUACUGCCUACAAAGACAAUACCUUCGAGUUUAUCGUGAAGUCGCCGUCGGUGACCUGGUUCCUGAAAAAGUCCGCCGGUAUCGAAUCGGGAAGCGGCCGCCCUGGCCAUCUUGUGACAUCUUCCAUCACUCUCCGCCACGUAUACGAGAUCGCCAAGUUGAAGCAGUCCGAUCCCUACUCCCAGUUCAUGAGUCUCGAAUCCAUUUGCAAGUCUAUCAUUGGAACAGCGAAUAGCAUGGGCAUCAAGGUUGUCAGAGAUCUGGAGGAAUAAAAGAGGUGAGGGAAGAGGAUCGGAAGUGUGAGAAUGAUCAGUUACAGGAUUCCUUUGGUUUUACUAUUGUUUUAUUUCUUUUGGUCUUUUAGAUAUUCUUUUGUAGUUAUGAGCAAGCAGAUGGUGUAUUGAAUCGGUAUGACUCAUGGCUAUUGUACAUGAUUUUUGGACAAUGAUUACAUAUGUAUAUUGAUGAUUUGAUCAAUAGAUUUUGCUCCCGCUAAUAUUUUAUUAUAAAAAAAAAAUAGAUAACUUUGAUUGUUAAUUAAAAGAUAAAAUAAAUAUUUUUUUUUAAUUAAAUUCUGUGGCGUUACAAAGACGACAAUACUUUUGAUUGCCAAUUAUCAUUGUUGUGUAAUGGGCUUUGAACAUGGAUGUCAAGACGAUGUCAAUUGUUGAUCUUGAGAUGACUUUGUGUCGAUGUUAAGAUGAUAUUGGACAAAAAUGAGAUGUCAAGAUAGCAUGGGGGUGUGAUUGUGGGUGUAAAAAUUAUUGGCAUAGAGCUUCAAUGUUAACACAAGAUCUGACUUUGAUGUUGAGAUGAUUUUAAAACACCGAUGUUGUAAUGCAUUGGACGUCUAUAUCAAAAUGACAUCGAGCGUUGUUUUAAAACCCUAGUCGCAACCUACCAGAGAGAAAUGAAAAUGAACGAAGAAAAAAAAAAGAAUGUUCAAGGAAUGGGGUAUUAAGUGCUGACAAUUUAUUUUAGGCUUUGAAGAGGAAAUAAGAAAUUUAAUUUUUACUAAAAAAAGUGAGAUUCAAUAAAUUAUAUUUAUUUUUUUUUUCAUAAAUAUUUUAGAAAUAGGUGUCGGACACACGUGUCCAAUUUAUUUUUAAUAUUUUUUUAAAACGAUACAUCUUCGACGUGUUGGACAUGUGUCAUGUACGAUACGUGUCGGAUACAACAUUCCUCUUUGAGAAGUGUUGGUGCUUCAUAGGUGAGGACUCUACCCAACACUAGGUUCCUCUUGGGGACCACUAGCUGGCAAACCCUAUUGGAGACUUUGAAAUUUCAUUAGGUAAAGAUCCUAUCUACACACCUAUCUUGUUAGGGCUUAAUGUGAUCUUAUGGGAAUUUUUGGUGUGUCCAACACUAGAUGCUCUUCAUGCUCCCCUUCAAGGAUUUUGCUUGCUAUUUAACAUAAUAGGUAGUGGUGUUUGGUACUAAGUUUUUUGUUAAAGCCCAAAAUGAGUUCGCAUACUGUUUAAAGGAGAAAACCUAGGCAUGUAGCCAGUAAAGGUUUACUGAGCAUGAAUGCAUGGAACUUGUUAUGCUAAACUAUAAAAAAGAUUCUGACCUACUGAAACUAAGGUG